AUGCAAGAAAGUGGCGUGCCGAGAGCUUCCAGCUACCAGGAACUCGGGGCGGCGGCGGCAGCAACAGCAGCCGGCGUUUGUGCAGGCGAGCUUUCCGGCGGCCGCUUCGCUUUCUUUUUUCCCCGUCUGCGGCCCCCACCACCGGCGUGCGUCACGGCCGCCCGCAGCCCGCCACUCGCCACUCGCGCCUACUCCGCUACUCGGCCGGCGGCUGCUGCCGGCUGCCGGCUGCUGGCUGCUACUCCUGCCGGCGACUCGGCCAGAAUGCCUAAUGCCCGCGCCGCGCCGCACCGUGCCAGUUCUGCGUCCGCCCGGCCUUCAGCCGGCCGUAGACCCGCGACGUGCGUUACGGUUGGCUCGGGGCUCUGUCACGGCCAAGGACCCACCGCCCUCGCCGGCUCCCACGCCUCCGCCGUGCCGAUGCAUGCGACGCCUCUGACCUUCCGCGAUGAGCGUUGCUGUACGGUGCGGUGCAGCCACUGA